ACGAGCAGAAGAAGAAGAAGUCAGGAGAGAGAGAGACGUCACCAAAACCAGGAACAUCUACAAUGACUUCAGAGGUUACGAGGCCAGUACCGAGACGUGGUAUUUUACAAUUGAAAAGGACAGACAGUCAACAGCAGCAUCAACAGCAGCAACAACAGCAGCAGCAACAGCAGCAACAACAACAGCAGCAGCAGCAACAUCAUCAGCAGCAUCAGCAGCAGCAACAGCAGCUGCAACCACAGCCGCAGCAACAACAGCAACAGCGACCACAGCAACAACAACGCAAUUUACCGAGGAUUAUAGAUGAUGAGAUAAUAAUAGAUCAUGUAAACGUAAAUAAAAUUUACAAAAAUUAUAAAAAAAAAUAAAUUUAAAGAACUAUGAACACCUCACCGUUAAUUAAAACUUUGAAUUCCGGAAAAUUCCCGCCAGCGCUGACCGUUGGUUAACUGAAGCUGAUGCGCAUGCGCGUCAGCUACGGUUAACCUACGACGGACACUGGCGGGAGUUUUCCCAAAUUCAAAGUUUUAUUUAACAAUAGGUGUACGAAAUUUUUAGAAAAGUUGAAAAAAUUGUAAAAUAUUUCA